GGGGAGGGAAAGAAAAGAACAUCAACCGUCUGCAGCAGUGAAUCUCUAAAUGCUGUGGGGGCCACGCUCACACCUCGCCGCAUCUCCUGGCGGCGAAGAAUAUUCCUGCAGGUAGCUUCACCUAUGAAUAAAUCUCCUUCCAAGAUGCAGCAUCCAGAUUGUCAUGAUGGAAGUGAAUUGUUACCGUUAUCCCCUCUGGCUCCACCCCUGGAGGAGGACCCUCUUGUUCUAGUAUUGCAAAAUGAGGAUGGUCCAGAUAAAACUGGAGAGAGGAAAAACUCAGAAGAACUACAAAGUCUGUGGAGAAAAGCCAUCCAUCAACAAAUUCUGUUACUUCGAAUGGAAAAAGAAAACCAGAAGCUGGAAGCAAGCAGAGAUGAGCUCCAAUCAAGAAAAGUAAAACUGGACUAUGAUGAAGUUGGUACAUGUCAGAAAGAUGUCAUAAAUGUUUGGGAUAAGAAAUUGCUUAACUGCAGAGCCAAAAUCCGAUGUGACGUGGAAGAUAUUCAUUCCACUUUGAAAGAAGGUGUACCAAAAAGCCGUCGGGGAGAAAUUUGGCAGUUUUUGGCUGUGCAACAUCGAGUCAGACACAGACUACCCAACAAGCAGCAGCCUCCUGACGUCUCUUAUAAAGAACUGCUGAAACAACUGACUGCUCAACAGCACGCCAUCCUUGUAGAUCUAGGACGGACAUUCCCUACGCAUCCUUACUUUUCUGCCCACCUGGGAGCAGGACAGUUAUCACUCUUUAAUCUCCUGAAAGCAUAUUCUUUGCUGGACAAAGAAGUGGGUUAUUGUCAAGGUAUAAGCUUUGUAGCUGGGGUGCUGCUUCUGCAUAUGAGUGAAGAACAGGCCUUUGAAAUGCUGAAAUUCCUCAUGUAUGACCUUGGCUUCCGUAAACAGUACAGGCCAGACAUGAUGUCGCUACAGAUUCAGAUGUAUCAGCUCUCAAGGCUUCUUCAUGAUUAUCACAGAGACUUAUAUAAUCAUCUUGAAGACAAUGAAAUCAGUCCCAGUCUUUACGCUGCACCGUGGUUUCUUACACUGUUCGCAUCUCAAUUUCCAUUAGGAUUUGUAGCCAGAAUAUUUGACAUUAUUUUUCUUCAAGGAACAGAAGUCAUAUUUAAAGUAGCACUGAGCCUACUUAGCAGUCAAGAAACAUCUAUAAUGGGAUGUGAGAGUUUUGAGAACAUUGUUGAUUUUCUUAAAACCACUAUUCCAGAUAUGACUCAGCCUCAAAUGGAAAAAAUUAUUACUCAGGUGUUCGAGAUGGAUAUUUCAAAACAGCUCCAUGCCUACGAAGUAGAGUACCACGUUCUUCAGGAUGAACUGCAGGAAAAUGUGAAUCCCUGUGAGGAAGGUGAACCCCUGGAGAAGCUGGAGAGGGCAAAUGGUCAUCUGAAGAGACAAAACAUGGAUUUGUUGGAGAAGCUACAGGUUGCUCAUGCUAAAAUUCAGAGUCUGGAAUCCAGCCUGGAGACUAUUUUGACCCGAGAGAGCAAAAUGAAGACUGUAAUUCAGUCCCUGGAACAGGAGAAGAUAACCUAUCAAAAGACUCUUGAGCAGAUAGUGAAGUAUUUGCCAGCAGAAGCGUUGUCUGACUGUGAACUGCUCCUGAAGGAAGUAAACUACAAUCCAAACAAUAAAAUAAAAUAAGGAGUAAGCCAUAAACCAGGGAUUUUCAGGCAGCAUUUCUUCAAAAAAAGGGAAAGAAAAGAUGAGUAUGCUGCUUUUAAAGGACUUAGUAAUAGGCAUCGGUA